UAGACACCACGAAAUAAGGAAUCUCGAAAUCGGAUUUCAUUUCUCAUUUCACCGUCUCCGAGGAAACGACGACGGAGAUGGAGGAGCAGAACGACGCCGUUAGCCGCGGCGAGAGCAGUUUGUUCGAUGGAUCUGCUCACUGGUGGUGGGCGAUGGGAAGCGGAGCUCAGAUCAUGUGGGGAGUGAGAUGUAUUCGGAGAGGUUACGCCGGCGAUAACCGUUUGAUGCCGGUCAAAGCCUUCGGAAUCGCAUCACUCUUCGUCGGCGCGAUAGCCACCACCUCCGUCGCGUUUCUAAGCGCCUCUGGGAUCCACACGGUCCAAGAUGCGAUUGACAUGGGAGCUAGCAUCAGAACGAAUCUGGGAAUCACUCCUCAGAUACCUGAUAAGCAGAUCACUGAGGCGGACGAUACAUCAUGAACACAUUUCGAGUUUGGUUUCUCUUAUAGAAGACGAUCAAGUAACAGAUUCAAGACCUGAUUGUGCACGAUUUUCUCAGUUGCUGUUAGCGAUUCGUGUAUGUCUCUAUAGAUUGACGAACUGUGUUCGUCUUUGUCUGAAAUUUCAGCAAGGUUUUGUCUUUUUUUUUUUUGUGGAAGGGAAGAGAUGUCAUAAGUUAUAGCUGACGUGGUAAAGGUUGUAUGUUCUGUUUUAGUUCAGACUUCAGAGAUUUAAUAGCAACCAGAGAUAUGAUCACGAAAUUUUUAUGUCA